GUGGUUUGAUUCGUUCAUUGUUUUCAGUGCGGGAAACAUUUUCUUGAAAAUUUUGGAGCUUCUGGGGAAUCUUCGCAAAGUGAUCUAUAAGUGCCAAAGAUAAAGUGUUUUAUAUUAUAAUGAAAUUAUUAUUCAAUAGUUUGCUCUACUUACCCUUGCCUGGGAUUGAAUUGGUUCCAAAAUUUCUAUAAUUCUGGAAAUUAUUCAUCUUGUUCUACAACUCUAGAAAAAUCCAAAAUUUAUUUAAUUUUUAGAAUUUUUAGAAUUUUUGAUUCUUGAAUGGACCGCCAUGGCAUGAAGUGCUUCUUCAAAAUUCCAACAGAGGCGCAUCGCAUCAAACAGUUUCAAAUUAUUGCUACUGGCGCUGCAUGUACAGUGUUUAUAUUCCACUCCACGUGAAAAAACAAAAGAAAACACGCCGGAGUUUUUUUCUCAAAAUUUCCACAAUUUCAAUUUACUUUUCUUGAGUUGAUUGCUUUGAAAAGUGAAACAAAGAUAUUGCAUAUAUAAGAAAUAAUAUAUCGUGCCGCAAUCCAACUGAAAAAUGAGUUUUCGUGGAAGAGGUGGUGGUAGAGGUUUUGGGGGUCGCGGAGGAGGAGGAGGUGGAGGUUUUCGGGGUGGUCGUGGCGGUGGAGGUAGAAUGUUUGAUCAAGGCCCUCCGGAUCAUGUAAUUCCUUUUGGAGAGUUCCAAUAUCCCUGCGAAAAUGAUUUGGUCUGCAAAGCCCAAAUUGAAAAUGUGCCCUAUUUCAAUGCCCCUAUUUACCUGGAAAACAAGGAGCAAGUGGGAAAGGUAGAUGAAAUCUUUGGUAACAUCAGAGAUUACUAUAUCACAGUGAAACUGGGCGAAUGUAUGAAGGCGGACAACUUUAAGAAGAAGCAGACGCUUUUUAUUGAUCCAAAUAAAUUAUUGCCACUGGCGAGAUUCCUUCCGGCUCCACCUGGACAGAAAAGGGGUGUUGGAAAACCAGGAGGCGGGAGAGGAGGAAGGGGUGGCGGUGGUGCUCGAGGUGGUUUCGGCGGGAGAGGAAGAGGCGGUGGUGGUUUUGGGGGACGUGGAGGAGGCGGCCGAGGAGGAGGAGGUGGAAAUCGUGGAGGUUUUGGAGGCCGCGGUGGUUUUGGAGGCCGUGGAGGUGGAGGUGGGCGAGGAGGCGGAAAAAGAUGGUGAAGACUUCCGAAAGGUAAAGAAAUGCAAAUAUGAUCAUUCUUAUAAUGCGGACAUCAAAGUCUAUAACACGAUAAAUUAUCUAAAAGUAGCAA